AUGGCUAUUCGUGAUCGAGUUCGCCGUGCCCUGCACAAGUCCAGCACAUCAGAAACAGAAGCUAUUCAGAUCCGGCCCGUCGCCCACGCCAACACCUUCGACUCGGGCUACUCCGGCUCGGGCUCGACCACACCAUCCUCCCUCCAUCGGGCGAACACAAACCUCACCGCUGCCUCGACAUCGCCGAAAGCUCUCUGGUCCUGGACGUCGCGGACCGAUCAGGAGAAGGAGAAGCGCAGGAAGCAGAAGGACGAAGAGAAGGAAAAGGCACGGCAAGCCAAGGUCAAUGCCGCGAGCAAGGCCAAGAACAAGGGCAGGCCGGUGCAUCCCCGCGACAAGCCAUUGACGGCCCAGAAUCUUAAGCACCAGGAAAUGCUCAGCGGCUUCACCUUUGAGUUCGGCUCCAGCCCAGACCGCAUGAGCCAAAUCUGCACUGAUUACGAAUGGAGCCCCUGCUGCACACGCGCCGCGAGCAUCGACGGCGAUCACACAGACGGCAGCUACACAACUUCGGGCGCGUCCACCACCUUGGAUUUGACGCGAGCCUAA